CCUGAAUUUCCCCACUGUGGGAAAAGAGGAUAUUUUUAUUCUUGGAAAGAGAGAACUGCCAAAUAUGAGUCAUCGUUCUCGAGCCUCCAGGACCCGGCAGCAUCUCCACUGUGACUCCUGCUACAGUCGGCGCUGCAGAGCUCGAGUGGAGGUUGGUGUGAGCUGUGCUCUCGCUCCCUGCCGUCUCCUCUGUGGAGCAGUAUACCACCUGUGCAAAGAAGAGGAUCACCUGCUGCUUUGCCCCAAUGUCAGGGUGCCCUGCCUCAACGCAGAGUACGGCUGUAUGGUCCAGCUUCCCCGCUCCUCACGGGCGGCUCACCUCCAGGUGUGUCCGGCCAGUGUGGUGAGCUGCUCCAUGGAGUGGCUGCGCUGGCCAAUAGAUGAGACUAACCCACAUGGCUUUAGUGCCCUGCAGCACAAUAUAAUGAAGGGAGAUGACACCCAGGGAAAUGCUCUGGAUGUUGCCAUGGCUUUAGUUGAUCAGUCAGACCUAUACACACGCCUUCAAAUGAAGCCACUUUACCCAGAGCUCACAGAGCCAGAGCAAGAGGAAAUAAAGGAAGAGAUUAAAGAGGAUGCAGCAGUUGGAGGGUUUAGUUUUCUAGACCAAAAGGACAGUGAAGACAUUCCUGGAAGCAGCAUGUGUGAAAGUAAUUCUGUGGAUGAAACUGCUCAGAGCAAUGUCACACAAACCCCAACUAUCAACACAGAGAAAUACAACCUGUUUGAGAUGAUGUUCAGCAUGGAGAAACGGGCCUGUGCUGUCGCUCAGGAAAAUUUAGAAAAUCCAAAACAAGACCAAAACCCUGCAGAGGAGGGAAGAGGGCAAAGAGGUGCAGAUCAGGAGAGGCAGAAAAAAGCAGAGGCGGAUAGCUCUGCUGCAGCCAGAAGCUUGCCUCCACCUGACACCAGUAAGACCGGCCUAGCUCCCUGGCAGGAGGGAGUUCUGGAGCGCCUGGGCCAGGAACUCACUCCACAGGAGUACAACAUGUACAUGGUGCAUCAGGGACGCAUGCUAAUUACAUUUCAACAGAUAGAGGCCUGCACGCCGAGGGAGAAAGACUUCGUUUAUGGCAGCUUGGAGCCAAUUCCUGUGCAGACUCUACGAUCUUUCAAGGCCCCUGUAAGUUAUCGAUACAAGCGGAGGGUUCAUUAUUACGAGACCACUGGACGGGCAAAGACUGAACAUCAAAGUGUGGACACAUCAGACCUUGGAGCCAAUGAAGAAGACUGGUUUUCCGAUGAAGCUGCAGCAACCCUCCUUGGCUAUGCUGAAUUAGCAAUUAUGGGUCACAAGAUCAGUGAGACAAAUGGAGGAGACGGGUUCUAUGUAGAUAUUGGAACACAGACACAUACUUUCCGCAAAGCUCCCUUCAAACAGAAGACGACCCUGGCAGAGGUGAUGGUGGACCGGCCGCUAAAGCUUCUCCUGCAGCUUCAGGCGGAGAGCGUAAACAGCAGAAACAACAGAGCGAGCUGUGCGUUCACCUUCCUCUGUGGCCACACCUUCCACCGUAGAGAGUUUGCCACACACUUCAGGAACGCACACAGUGAUAUCCGAGGUUUCAUCCGUCCACUCAGAAGGCCACUGUCACCUACAAACCCCUCUCCUGCUCCAAGAAGUAAAAGUCAUGAAGGAGAAAGGGAUGACUGGCUGAGCUUGUUGCCCUAUGAAGUGCUAUGCCAUGUGGCCAGCUUCCUGGACAGCCUAUCCCUGUCCCAGCUGGCCCUGGUGUCCCAUCUCAUGAGGCAGGUGUGCUCCUCUCUGCUGCAGGACAGAGGGAUGGUGACCCUCCGCUGGGAGAGAACAAACCUCUCACAUGGACAAGACAAGUGGAUUUCCAAACCUGUGUGGGAGUUCAGCCAUUUGUUCUCUGCAGUGGAUAAAUGGGAAAUGGCAGAUUUAUCUUCUCUUUCUGCUCACCUGACAGUCUGUCCUUAUUACCAGAAAACUGAACAGAGGGAACGAGUCCCCCUUCCCUUCAUUACUGAGAUACAGCAAAGGAGUCCAAAGGAUCAGAGUCUCCUCAAUCAUUUUACAGGAAGAAGAUGAUUAAAAGAAAAGACAGGAAAAAUAUUUUUGCUGCUUAGGUUUUACCGAAUUGACUAUAUCUAGUUAUAGAGAUAAAUUAAAGAUUUAGUAUCAGUGCCUAAAAAUCUCAAAACACAGUUAAUAUCUAAAAAAACCCAAAGAACCAUUUACCAUAAAAAAAAAAAUAAAACCCCAAAGUCCCACACAGAGUAGCCACCAUUACACACAAGUUGUAAUAUUUUUUUGUAAUAUUUUUUUGUAAUAUUUAUUACACAAGUUAUGAAUAUGAACUUUAGGCUCAGACUAUAGCAUUAAAGUUUAAUUUACUAAUUUAAACUUCAGUUUGUGUGAAAUAGGCAUAUACCCAUCAGAAAUCUGUGGUAAAAAUGAUUUUGCCAAAGAAAUUAUGUUUUACUUCCUAUAGGGGCUUUAUUCGAACCAAAGAGAUGAACAAGUCUGUCAAUAACCCAUCUGUUUGUCCCCAAGGUGUCAUGAAAUAAAACAGA